AUGCGUACCCUGGUCGCCCUAACAAAAUUUCAUAGAUUCGACGAUGCUACUUACACAAUGAGUAUCACCUCAACGGCGCUAAACUAUCGAUAUGAGAACGGCCGCAGGUACCAUUCAUACCACGAAGGAGAAUACGUCUUGACCCAUCACAUUUACAACCUGCUUUUAAAGGGAGAACUGACCCUUGCACCGGUGACAAAACCACACCGGGUAUUAGAUCUCGGGACAGGGACGGGAAUAUGGGCGAUGGACUAUGCGGAGGUGCCACCUAACUGCCGCUUCGAAGUGGAUGACUUCGAACAGGCAUGGUCACAUCAACAACCAUUCGACCUUAUUCACGGGCGUGAACUGGAAGGCUGCAUUCGCGACCAUGGCCGGUUCUUUGCACAGACUCUAGACAACCUUAAUCCUAAUGGGUGGCUUGAGAUGGCAACAUUUGAAACCAAAACCUAUUCAGAUGAUGACACGCAUCUGAAGGCAACGAACUUUCUCUACGCGAUCAAGAAUAUCCAUGAAUCCUCCAAGCUCUUCGGCAAAGACAUGGCCUCUUCGUCAACAUGGAAGUCUCGCAUGGAAAGUGCGGGGUUUGUGAAUGUGACGGAAGAAGUCUACCUGUUACCCCAAAGCCCUUGGCCGAAAGACCCCAAACUCAAGGAACUUGGUCGAUACCACCAACUCAAUAUGAUAGAGGCCAUUUCGCCCUACACGUACGCAUUAUUCACGAGGAUGCUCCGCUGGUCCCGUGUCGAAAUUGAGGCGCUGUUGGCUGGAAUUAGGAAAGAGCUGCGGAACACGUCUUAUCAUUUAUACACCAAGGUACGGGUUGUAUAUGGCCAGAAAUCCGGGUGA